AUUAUUUCUGAAAGUCACAUAAAGUGAAAGGAUAAAAGCGUUUUGUACAGAAAACGGAGUCAAACGUCCCGGACAUGUUAGCAGGUAAACUGUUUUCCGUCGAGUCGGGCACCAACAUCAUCACUGUGCUGGAUUAAAUCCCUCCUUUGCCACAUCCUUAAUGGAAAAACACCACCAGAAGAGGCAGGUAGGGGAAGCGGGCCGGGCGGUAACAGAGCCUCUCUGUCCGGCCGCUGGCCUGCAGCCAGGCCGCCGCGCUGCGAUGUGCAGAAAACGUGAAGCCGUUUGCUGCGCUUCUAAACGGAGCUGUAAACAGUCCUGGAACUGCUGUUUCUGUGGCUGGAGAUCGGGUUGUAAAUCAGCGAAAUCACAGCGCUGAUCCGGUUUCACUGGAGGACUUUAAGUCGAACACCGGAGAUAAAAAACGGACUUUGAUUCUGGAGCGAACAUAUAAAGUGGAGAAGCGCAGAAAGGCGGUUCAGUGAAACCCAGAGAGGAAGCAAAGCAAAAACCAUGACAACGUGGAAGAUAGUAGGAGCUCUGCUGCUGCUGCUGCUGCCUGCAGUGUUUUGCCAGCAGACCAUCAGAUGGUGCACCGUCUCAGAGCCGGAGCAGAAGAAAUGCCAGGAUAUGAGCCAGGCUUUCUCCAAAGUCUCCAUCCGGCCCUCCAUCAGCUGCACCAAAAGCCCAGCCGUCCAGGACUGCAUUCAGAAACUACAGAAAAAAGAAGUGGAUGCAUUGUCCAUGUCUGGCUCUGAGAUCUACAAUGCGAUGAAGACUGCCACCUUCAAGAUGGCUGCCAGUGAAUCAAAGAAUGGUGAUACCAGCUCCUACUACGCCGUUGCUGUGGUGAAGAAAUCUAACUCCGCAAUCAACAUCAACAACCUGAAGGGGAAAAAGAGCUGCCACACCGGGAAAGGCCGAACUGCUGGCUGGACCAUGCCGCUGGGAUACCUGAUCGACCAGGGCUUCAUGUCUGUGAUGGGCUGCGACAUUCCAAAGGGUGUGGCGAAUUUCUUCAGCGCCAGCUGCAUCCCUGGAGCUAACGAGGCUGGUGACCCGGAGUCUUUAUGUCAGCUGUGCAAAGGAGACGGAAACGGACAGCAUAAAUGUGAAAUGAGCGAGCAAGAAAUGUACUACAGCUACGAAGGAGCGUUCAGCAACCCCAGCCAAGCCAAGCCUUCAGAUUUCAGCAUGUUUUCUUCAGCGAGUUACGGCGGGGGAAAUCUUCUGUUCUCUGACUUAACCACCAAGUUUGAAGUGGUGGAGGCGGACGACCCCGUCAGGUGGAUGAGCACCAACUAUUACAACGUCAGGAAAGCCAUGGACUGCACACCUCAAGACAUCCCCUCUGCCAUCCGAUGGUGUGUUUUGUCGAGCGGAGAGCAGCAGAAAUGUGCCGAUAUGGGCGCCGCCUUUAAGAGCAAAAGCCUCACUCCCACCGUCAGCUGCAUCCACGGCACCUCUCUGGCUGACUGCAUGGCCAAGAUCAAAAACAACGAGGCGGACGCCAUGACGUUGGAUGGAGGGUACAUUUACACGGCGGGUAAAAACUACGGCUUGGUUCCCGCUGCAGCCGAGAGUUACACAGAAGGCGAGCGUGACGGCUCCUCAUACUACGCAGUGGCAGUGGUGAAGAGAAGCAACACCGGCAUCCGUAGCCUUGACGACCUGCGUAACGGUCGCUCCUGUCACACCGGCUACGGUCGCACUGCAGGCUGGAACGUCCCCGCGUCCGCUCUGAUAGAGAGAGGACUGAUCAGCCCGAAAGACUGCCAGGUUCCCCAAGCGGUGGGAGGAUUCUUCGAGAAGAGCUGCGUUCCUGGCGCCAAUCAGAACGGCUUCCCCAAGAACCUGUGUGAUCUGUGUGUGGGAGACGACUCGGGCCAGAAUAAAUGUGAAAAAGGAAAAGAUCGGUACGACGGUUACGACGGGGCGUUCAGGUGUCUGGCUAGCGGGGACGGAGACGUGGCUUUCGUCAAGCAUUCCACUGUCUUCCAAAACACAGACGGUCAUUCGACGGAAAGCUGGGCUGCAGGUUUGGUGUCGACAGACUUCCAGCUGCUCUGCUCCCAGGGAACCAAAGCCGAGGUCUCCCAGUACCGGCUGUGCAACCUGGCCAGGGUUCCCUCUCACGCCGUCAUGGUGCGACCAGAAACCAACAUCCACGCCAUCUACGGGCUGCUGGACCGCGCACAGACCCACUUCAGCAGUGACACCGGUUCUGGUUUCAAGAUGUUUGACUCUCAGGGCUACGAGGGCACAGACCUGAUUUUCAAAGACUCCACUGUUCGCAUCAUCGGCGUUGGCGACAAAAAGACGUACCAGGAGUGGCUGGGUCAGGAUUACAUGAACUCAGUGGAGGACCUCGAGUGCAGCUCCUCCAACACAGCCGUCUCCUCUGCGUUGCUGCUGCUGGUUGCGUUGCUCAGCCUCACGUUGACCAACGUCUGGAUGUAAAGCCGCAGCGACUCCAGAUUCACCUCCAGACCUGUUUCUUCUUCACACACAUUAUCCCGCACUCUCAAUCACCUCAUCAUCACUUCUCUUCCUCUUUUUCUUUCACUGCUUUUUAACUCAUUUGAUUGCGGCCUAGUUAAAUCACAGUUUGUAGCUUCAGACUAGUUGCUUUCUAGAAACCCAAUCCAGUUUGUUUGUGUGUUAAUUUACAAUCUGGGGAUAAAAGAGCUGAUUGGAGCAAUAAAGAGAAACGGAGCACAUUGUGUUUGUUUGGCAGAGAUUUAACAACAUGUGAGAAGAAGACGGAGGGCGCCAUUUUGUUUACGGAGGGUGGGUUGCCAUACCAGUGCGUAUGCUCCCACCUGUUACAUUUACACAGCGCCUCGUCAAAAAGCUGAUUUUUAAAGUUUACAAAGGCCACUUUAAAUAAGUUACCGUCAUAUUUACCUCAAAGAAAAUUCACUAAAACUCAG